AUGUUCCAGAACGUGCCGAACCUGCCCUUCACCAACGCCAAGAUCGCCGCCUCGGUCGGUCUCACCGUCGACGACUUCCAGGCGCUCCCCGUGACGCGUGCCGCGUGCAACGUCCUCUUUGAUGGUCUCGCCGAGAGCCGCUCGGGGCUGAUCCCGAUGGUCGGCGAGGGCGGCGCCUUCGACCAGGCUGGCUUCCGCGUCGGCUGGGCAAAGUCGUGCAUCCUCUUCAUCUUCGGCCUCUUCUUCUUCGGGAAGGCGAACUUCAUCUGGGUGCUGCUCGCCGUCAAGUUUGCGCACGACUGGCAGCCAGACCUCAUCCCCGGGCCAAAGGAGAUGGGGCUCUUCAAGGUCUGGGGCAUCGUCUGA